AUGGAUUACGAACCCUCCCAUGCAGCCGACCAGGCUGUUCGCCUCUCUGCCAAGCGGACUGCCGAUCUUUUCGGCCCCGAGUACCUGAUGGUUACGCCCUCGACCCUCACAGACGGCUCGAUCGGUGUCUCCUAUCGACGCAAGGCAGAAUAUGAAGAUGUGAAGGAAUUGCCUCCAGUUCUUGCCGCGAAGCAAGCCCAGGCUGCCGCCGGUCGCUCCAAGCGUCCCAAGAUCCAGGCGCAGGCGCAACAAGGAACCGGAGACAAGAGCGGCGCGUCGAUGCAGCUCGUUAAGCGGCCGGCCGGUGCAGGCGCUGGCGCAGCAGCCGAAGAUAAACCUACGAGUCUGAUCGCCAGACCCUCAGCAACCAAGCAACAGCGACCCGACUGGCAUGCGCCGUGGAAGCUGAUGCGUGUGAUUUCGGGCCACUUGGGAUGGGUGCGAGCGCUGGCAGUCGAGCCGAACAACGAGUGGUUUGCUAGUGGUGCAGGAGAUCGCACUAUUAAGAUCUGGAACAUGGCGACGGGCAAUUUGCGCCUGACGCUUACGGGUCACAUCUCGACUGUGCGUGGACUGGCGGUGUCGCCGCGGCAUCCGUAUCUGUUUUCGUGUGGUGAGGACAAGAUGGUGAAAUGCUGGGAUUUGGAGACGAACAAGGUCAUCCGACACUACCACGGCCAUCUGAGCGGUGUUUACACGCUCGCGCUGCACCCUCGUCUGGACCUUUUGGUGACCGGAGGUCGCGAUGGUGUGUGCCGUGUGUGGGACAUGCGUACGCGAAGCAACGUCCACGUUUUGACCGGACACAAGGGCACUGUCGCCGAUAUCAAGUGUCAGGAAGCCGAUCCUCAGGUUAUUUCCGGUUCCCUGGACGCUACCGUACGCCUGUGGGAUCUUGCAGCUGGUAAAUCCAUGGGUACCCUGACGCACCACAAGAAGGGUGUUCGUGCCCUCGCAACCCAUCCGACCGAGUUUACUUUCGCCAGUGCCAGCACCGGUAGCAUCAAACAGUGGAAGUGCCCCGAGGGCGCUUUUAUGCAGAACUUUGACGGUCAAAACGCCGUCAUCAACUCUCUUGCCGUCAACGACGAGAACGUCAUGUUCUCUGGUGGUGAUAACGGCUCCAUGUCCUUCUGGGACUGGAAGACCGGUUACCAAUUUCAAUCAAUCGACACCAUGGCCCAGCCUGGUUCGCUCGACGCCGAGGCAGGUAUCAUGGCUUCGACCUUCGAUAAGACCGGCCUGCGUCUCAUCACUGGUGAAGCAGACAAGACUAUCAAGGUGUGGAAGCAGGAUGAUGAGGCUACCCCGGAGACUCACCCUGUUACCUGGGCUCCUACCCUUGGCCGACAGCGGUAUUAG